AUGAGCUCCCCUUUGGCCAGUGUUAACGAUCCACACAGAAAAUCUCUUGAAGAAGAAGAUCACAUGAUUCGCAGCACCAAAAAGAUCAAGGGCAAGGACGAGAUGGGCGCUAAAGAUAUGGAGACCAAUGAUGCCUCCACUUCUAUUUCACCAAUUUCUCACUGCCCAGGCCCCACACGUGAACUCUCACCCUCUCUUAAGGAUGGAACGCUUGCACUACCUAAGCCCAAAUCGUUUAAGGAUGCACUUGCAGCUCCUAAAAGCAACGAUUUUUACUUUGAUGAUGUGAUGGACACCAUCUCUCCAGAGGAGGAAGCGGAAGAGAGGGACGCUGACAUACCAGAGGCAGUACCUCAAGGCAUACCCAGAAUAUCUCUUCCAAAGCAACUUUUGCAACAAAUACGACAACCUUGGACCAACUCACUUAUUGUAAGACUUCUGGGCAAAAACAUUGGGUACAGAUUGCUCUGUACAAAAGUUAGAAACCUAUGGGCCCUACAAGAUGAAUUCAAUGCCAUAGAUUUGGGAAACAACAACUUUGUGUUCAAAUUUUCUUCUCAGGAGGACUGUGCCCAUGUUUAUUCGGGUGGGCCGUGGGUUAUCCUCGACCAUUAUCUAAUUGUUCGCAAGUGGGAGCCUGAUUUCAAGGCAUCGGAAGCUUUUGAAACCACAACCGCAGUGUGGGUUAGGUUUCCGAAGCUUCCGAUUGAAUACUUCCAAGAAAAGGUUCUGUAUACUAUUGCUAAACAACUAGGGCGUCCUCUCAAGCUAGAUCUCACCACAGCCCUGGCUACCAGAGGCAAAUUUGCUAGAGGUGGAUCAUAG